GAACACACAGCUUCCGUACGCAUUGUACUCCGGCUGUUCUUAUUGGAUGCAUAAUCACAAUUGGUAGGAGGAUCGCCUCAAUAGUAGAAGAUCUGUCGCGGUGUUGCACAUCUAUGUCUCACUCCUUCUUCCCACAUGUUUCGUUCAACCCUCAGACGCGCGCUGAGCAGCAGCACCACAGUUUCUUGUCUUCAGUCUUUCCGUCUGCAACAAUGCAGCGUGUCCGCGUUGCUGUCAAAUGGCAUGCUGUGCCGCUCGAUCAGAGGAGUGAGGUGCCCUAACGCUGCUGCCAUUCUGCCUUUUCAGUCUCCUUUCGCAGUGGCCACUCGUAGCGGUAGCUCUGUAACUCGCGCGGCAUCCUGGCGAGCCGCUCCUCGCACAAAAGCAUCUUGGCGACAAGCACGUAAGGCACAAACACAACAUCCAGCGACGUCGAACAUCAUCAAAAGUAAUAGCAAGAGUGCGUCGAAAGCUGGGCCAAUGCGAAGAAACCCUUCACGGGCCACAGCUCGAAAACCUGCCCUGCGACGUCCCCGUCCGCACUCGCGCAAAUUAAGUCCCUAUCAGCGGCAGACCGAGAAGUACAACAAGCGCGUGGUGGCAAUUGCGCGUCUGUGGAAGGAGCAACGGAAGGGUGUGCAAAAGAAAAAGAAGUUUUUGGCUUCCCGCUUAGUGUGA